GCAGCGGUGUGGCAGACAGAAAACGACCGACAACACCAUUAUCCACCCAGCUGCCAUUACGAAUCCAGCACUCCAAGUGAAGAGCGCGAGACGCUCACCAGCCCAGGAUCUAACGGUCUUCUCACCAUCCACCACUAACUCAGUCCUCCUGUAUCGCUACCGGAGGAUUGCCCCCGUGCUGUCGUCGCGAUACCUCGAACGUUUUGCCGAUCGCCGUCGCGUAUUACUGUGGACUGCUGUAAUUAACCUUUAAUUAUUGGAUCCGCGGACGAAUGGCGGAGUCGGCGUUGGGCGCGCAGGUAACAGCAGCAGGCACGAUUUGCGCCGUGCGGCCGCCAUGCCACGCGGGAUCUCCUCUCCGCCCCGCAACACACGGCGCACCACACGGAGCACCACACGGCGCACCACACGGCGCGCUCCCUCGUCCAUCUCUCCCCCCCUCUCUUCUCCUCCGCCCCCGACUCCCCACGCCUCGCCACUCCGGCCUCCGCCCAUCCAGCCCCAUCCGCGCACCUCCUCCCGCCGCCGCUUUGGGCGGGCUGGACGCGGCGUACGGGCAGCUGGCGGGCGCGCUGCAGCACGGGGUGCCGCCCGGCGGGGGCAUGGGCGCCACCAUAGCGGCCAUGGGCGUGGGCGCGACGAUAGCGGGCGUGCACCGCGAGGUGGCGCAGCUCGCGGCGGCCGCCGGCAUUCCGCUCGACGACCCGGUGGCGCUGCGCGAGUGGAUCGCGUCCGCCGCGCUGCUGCUGCUGUACGCCUCCGCGCCGCCCUCCGGCCCCAUGGGCCUCCUCGACUUCCUCGUCGCGCCGCUCCACACCGUCACCUUCCGGCGGUUCUCGGCGGAGGACGUGCGGGUGGGGCGGCAGCUGGGGCACGGCAACUUCGGCGUGGUGUACGAGGCCACGGUGGCGGGGCCCAAGGGCGAGCGGCAGCGCGUGGUGGUGAAGCGCAAGGCGGGGGGGGCGGGGGCGGACGAGAUGCAAGACGUGGAGCUGUUCAUGAACCACCGCCUGCAGCGCACGGUGCCAGGAGUGGCGGCUAAGUUUCUUGGAACGAUGGACGUGCAGCCAGGCGGCAAGCUGCAGGAGGGCGUGUGGCUGGUGUGGCAGCACCAGGGCGACAGCACGCUGGACCGCCACCUCAAGGACCGCGCGUACCCGGCGCCGCUCGCCGCCAUGCUGCUGGGCGUGCACCCGCCCGCCCAGAGCAGCGCGGGCAGCGGGGGGUGGUCGGAGGAGCAGCAGGCGUGGGUGGAGUGGGAGGUGGCUCAGGCUGUCAUGCGCCAGAUCCUCUCCAACCUGCACGCGCUGCACCGCGCAGGCGUGGUGCACCGCGACGUGAAGCCCGCCAACCUGGUGGUGGACGAGGCGGAGCGCCACCUCUGCCUCAUUGACCUCGGCGCAUGCGUCGACCUGCGCUCCGGCCGUAACUACGUGCCCAGCGAGACGGUGAUGGACCCCAAGUAUGCGGCCCCCGAGCGCUUUGUCAUGCCGCCCGCCACCACGCCGCACCUGCCGCCCGACCCCCUGGCCAGCCUGCUCUCGCCGUUCCUCUGGGUGGCCAACACCCCCGACCGCUUUGACGUGUUCUCCGCUGGCAUCAUUCUGAUGCAGCUGGCGCUCAAGUCGCUGCGCCAUGAAGCCAACCUGGAGGGGUUCAACAACGAGCUGAAGCGGUGCGACUACGACCUCAGCAGGUGGAGGAAGAAGUUCCGACCCGCCAAUGCUGACAUGGCGCUGCUGGACGCACAUGGCGGGGCGGCGUUUGACUUGGCGCAGCAGCUGCUGAGGAAGCGACCCAACCACGACCAUGCCGUGUGGCCCAGCGCAUUUGGCAUGGGGCGCCCAUCAGCGCGGCGCGCCCUGCACCACCGCUUCUUCUCCCUCCACCCCCCCCGCGCCUUCCGCCUCCCCCGCUCCCCACCCUCCGCCAUGCCCGCAUCCGCCACUGCCGCUGCUGCCCCUGCUCCUGCCGCCACCGCACCCUCUGCUGCUGCCAGGCGCAGCAAGGCGCCCCACGCUGCUGCCCCCGCUGCUGCCCAUGCUGGUGCCCUUGCUGGCGCUGGGCGGGCGGGGAGGGGGGAGAGAGGGGAGAAGGGCGAGAAGGGGGAGAGGUGGCAGCAUGGGGAGGAAGUGCGGGGGAGGCACAAGGAAGUGGAGGAGAGGAGUGACGGCGUGAGAGGGAGAGGGGAGGCAGCAAGGGCAAGAGGGGAAGUGAGAGGGGGAAAGGAGGCAGGAGCGGGGGCAGGAGCAGUGAAGGAGGGGAGUGAGGGUCGGGGGGGGAUCGUUGCGCACGCUCUGAAGGCCGUGGUGCCGCCGCGCCACGACCAGCACUCGCAGCAACCGCUGCACGCGCCGCUAGGCGGAGGGGAAAAGGCCAGGGCGGCGUCAGGGGGCGACAAGGCAGGGCAGGUGGCGGCAAAGGGGGAUUCGGAAGGCAGAGAGGGGGAGAGAAGCAGCAGGGGAGCGGGCGUGGGGGGGAGGGCGGGUCGCGGCAAGACGGGGGGCGGGGCAGUGGACGUGGUGGGCGCGGUGAAACGUGGGCACGUGGCCACGGCGUACGUGCUGGGCUCGCUGGUGGCGGGGCUGGCAAGGUCGCUGGACGAGGACAAGGGCGACCAGGGCGACAAGGGAGACCAGGGCGACAAGAGGGAGAAGGGGGGGAAAGUGGUGAGUGCGGCUGGCGAAAGGCAGGAAGUGGCGGGCAGCAAGGGCGAGGCGAGUGGCGGCAAGGAGAGCAAGGGCGCGGAAGGCGAGGGAGGCAAGGACAAGGGAGUGGGAGGCAAGGGCGGGAAGGGCAAGGGCAGCAGGGAUGGGAAUGCGGCACACGGUGCUGAGAGGGCUGUGGUGAUGGCAGGGGGUGAUGGGGCGAGAAAGGCAGGCGAGAGGAGGGAAGAGCGAGGGGAGGGUGAAGGGGCAGCAGGCACAGGUGCCGUGCCCGCGAGUGCGGCGGCGGGCAUGGCGGAGGUGGGCGUGGCAGCAGCUGGCGCCACGGCCACGGCGGUGAUGGCAAUCGCCUCGUCCAUGUGGCGGCGAGGCAUGGCCGCUGCCAACCCUCCCUCGCCCUCCACCACUGCCGCUGCCACUGGCAGUGGCAUCAGCAGCAUCAGUGCGGCGAGCAGCAAGGUGGAGGCAGCAGCGCUGCGGCCAGCCCCUCAAGCGAGCACAUUGAUGGUGGCGGGUGGGGGGGAGAGAAGGGACGGGGCAUUUCAGCAGGGGCGUGGGAGGGGGAGUGAGAGGAAGGAGGAGGAGAGGGGGUUGCAAGAGGCAGUUGAGGCAGCAGCGGAGGAGCGCGUGCGCAUUCUGAGGGGGGCUGUGGGAGGUGCGGGAGGGGAGGGUGUGGGCAGCAGGCAGCAUGAGGCGCCUGUGAGCUUGGCUGCAGUGGCAGGGGGGGGCGAGGGGGGCAAGCACAUGGAAGGGGUGGGGGGGGUGGCGGAGAGGCAAGGGCGUGUGAGGGUGCGUGACGGGCGGCAGGCGGUGGGGGAGGGGCUGCUGACGGCGGUGGGCGAGCUGGGCGUGCAGCUGGGGUCGCUGGAGGCGUCCCUGCAGGCGGGCAGGCAUGUGGCCGUGGAGCAGCAGCACCUGCUCACCCGGAUUGAGAAGCUCCUCGUGACUCCAUCCCACAUGCAUGGCGCUGCUCCCACUGCCACCACCACUGCCGGGCCUUCCAAGCCGUAGUGGGCUGUCUUGUGCCAGCAGCACCCAGGGCAGGACUGGUACAUAAGGCACUGACCUCUGUGUGCACGUGCAUGCAAUGCAAGUGCAUGUACUGAUGCGUAUAUACCCCAGGAAAUGUACUAGUAAUAGCUGUGAAGCUGAUGAUGGUACGACGGGAUCAGGGCAUCAGAUAGGAUUUUAGGCACCUUGAGUCAUGGAGUCACGAGUCCUAACCACUGGGACAAGAAGGGAUGUCAUCAGGAGGGUUAGGCUCCAUAUAUCCACCUUCCUCGAGGAAAGCUUCCCUAGUACCCUCCCUAGAGAUAGAGAGAAGAUCGAUAGGGAGUGCCACGACACACCCCCCCGCUAGGAUAGCGUACACCAGGAAUUGAACCCUGGAUGGCUCUGAUACCAAGUCAUAAAGUCAUCAGUCCUAACCAUUGGGACAAGAAGGGAGGGGAUGUCAGCAGGAGGGUUAGACUCUAUAUAUCAGUCAAAUUAUAUCUAUGUUGUAUAAUUGUAGGCUUGGUACGUGCUAUUGAAACAUAUUGUAGA